CUCAGUGAGGAAACAUGCCUGAACCCGCCAAGUCUGCUCCUAAGAAGGGAUCCAAGAAAGCCGUGACUAAGCCCACCGGCAAAGGAGGCAAGAAGAAGAGAAAGACCAGGAAGGAGAGCUACGCCAUCUACGUGUACAAGGUGCUGAAGCAGGUCCACCCUGACACCGGCAUCUCCUCCAAGGCCAUGAGCAUCAUGAACUCGUUCGUCAACGACAUCUUUGAGCGCAUCGCCUCCGAGUCUUCUCGUCUGGCUCACUACAACAAGCGCUCCACCAUCACCUCCAGGGAGAUCCAGACCGCUGUGCGCCUCCUGCUGCCCGGUGAGCUGGCCAAGCACGCCGUGUCUGAGGGAACCAAGGCCGUCACCAAGUACACCAGCUCCAAGUAAACAAUGCUGCUGUUUAGCCAACAACCACAACGGCUCUUUUAAGAGCCACCCACCACAUCUGAAGAGCUUGAUUAUGUCUUUCUAUUUAACAUUCUCUUAAAAUUAUUUUGAUAACUUUUUUUUUUUGGGGGGGGUGGGUUUCUGAAAUGACAAAAUUUUAAGCUUAGAGAUGUUAAGAAAAAUUCUUACCAAAUACCAAUGUUGUGCUUUAAAAGUUGUGUGUUUUAAUGCUGUAAUAUAAAAACAAUCCAAGGGGGAGUGCACCUGAGCUGCUUUAGCAGAAAUAAAAAUUACCUCCUGCAACAUGACUAAUGCAAAACACUAAAAAAAUUUGACUGAAUAAAGUUUGCAAAAAUUU